GACGCUGUAGUCUAGGAGGAAGAUAUGGAGUCGGAGCUGCUAGGGGAGAUGCCUGUGUGCUCCCCAGCUGAGCCAGUGCACUGGCAGUUCCUUACUCUGCUGGACACUGUGGGCAGGCGGAAUGGACAGGUGCUAGUGAUGGAGAUGGACGAUGUACAUGAGGCAGCCCCGCUUGUGCAGAUGGACUUUGCCCAGGAGCUCUUCAGAGGGAUCGACCUAAAGGCCAAACUCCACCGGAAGGAGGAAAUCAAGGAGGAAGAGCAGGAGAUGCAACCACAGCUGGUCUUCAUGCUCUGGCAAUCAGCCACGCUGAGGCAGCUCAUGCAGUGGGAACACCUGGAUGAAACACUCUGGAACUUAAGGAAUCUCUUUCCCUGCAUGCCAGCUGCUCUGGUACUGGUGAUGAUCCAGCCAGACCUGCAGCACCAGCAGGUGGAACCAGAACGGGCAGCAGGGGCGCUAAGGAGAAUGCAGUGCUUGCUAGAUGGUGGCUUCCAGGAACUGGUGGUUGAAGCAGCUGUUUAUAGCCCAAGCCAGCCAGAUGGGACCCUGGAGGUCAAGAGAGCUGCCUGCAGAGCCCUGAGAGAAGUUCUGAAGGGCCAAGAAGCUCCUGUAUCCAGCUAAGAUCUGAAGUGCCACCAAAAUAAAAAACAAAAAAACUACACACAUUAAAAUUUGGAGUUUAUUCUCUGUUUGCAUGCCUGUGUGUUUGUAUAAACUUCAAACCAUUUAUCACUUACAGCAGGGCAGACAAAAUGCCCUGGGACAGUUUUCAUGUGAGGAAUUAUGUAAUGACAGUGGACUCUUCUUUAAAAUAAAUAUUUAAGCAGCUGUAAAUAUAAACCCUUAACAUCAAACAUUAAAUAUUUUUUGAAAUAUUUCACAGCCAAAAAACGUGAUUUCUUGUUUAGUUGUAUCAUUCUCUGGGUUUAUUUUAAACUCAUGAACUCUUCAGUCUGGAAUCUAUGUCUACACAGCAAAAACAAACCAAUGGGAGCGAGUCUGAGAGCCUGGAUCAGCUGACUCGGGCUUGAACUACGGAGCUAAAAAUAGCAGUGUAGACAUUUCUGUUCGGGCUGAAGCCCAGGCUCUGAGACCCUCCCCACUUUCCAAGUUGCAAAGCCCAGCUCAGGCGGAGUGUCCACACAGCUGUAUUUAGCUCCAGAGCACAAGCCGGAGUCAGCUGAUCUAGGCUCUAAGACUUGCUGCUGUGGGGUGGUUUUUUUUUUGUUUUUUUUUCCCCAAUGUAGACGUACCCCUGCGUAUUUUGUAAUGCACUUAGCACAGUUCUGGGAGUCGCACAAAAGCAGCCCUGAUUAUUCUGAAGGAAACUCUCUGGUCUGAAGUGGCGUAUCUUGUAAUUUGUUUCCCAGG